GCGUGGCGGGCGGCGGGGACCGGAGCCGCUGUGUGGAGGGGGGAGCGGCGGCGCUGCUCAGUGGCGACGGGCGGCUCAGGAGGCGCCGGAGGGAGGCGGCUGCGGCCGGCAGGUUUGUUUUCAACAGGAUCAGUUCCCUGUUUCCACUUCUACAAGCACUAGUACUGGAGCUGUGGGUGGGGGAGACAGCACGGAGGGGCUGUGCUGUUGCUAAAAGGAAGUGACACGGAUCCGGUGCGUACUGUGAGCUGGCUCCUUCUGGAAGUGGUCCUGCCUGCCUCACCCUCACCAGGGUCCACCUGAGGUGAAGACUGUGCAUUCAGGAGCUCUUCCCUUGGCGUUUCUUCCAAAUGCAUGAGUGAUGCCUGCAUAGGAGAGAGGCCACUGAUAACCUGGUACAGCGUAUCACAAUCCAUUGACUUGUAUAAUAUCUUGGGAAAGAAGGGAUUUCUGCAAGUAAAGGUUGCACAGCCCUCUGCCCACGACCCAUAGGUUCACAUCUUUUCCUGUAUCCAUGGAGUCAAGGUUAUAGCUCCAGGAGAAGAAUUUUGCAAGAGGAGUUUUAAGAGAAGUACUACUGGUGGACCAGAGGAAAAAAAACGAUAUCAACAUCUGAGAAAUGAAUAAAUUACGGCAAAGCUUUAGGAGAAAGAAAGAUGUCUAUGUGCCAGAGGCCAGUAGGCCUCAUCAGUGGCAGACCGAUGAAGAAGGCGUUCGUACUGGCAAGUGCAGCUUUCCUGUUAAGUACUUGGGACAUGUCGAGGUGGAUGAAUCCAGAGGAAUGCAUAUCUGUGAAGAUGCUGUGAAGAGACUGAAAUCUCUACCUUCAGUAAUAGCGCUCGACUUGUCCCCCCUGUUCCUCCAGGAAAGGAAGUUCUUCAAAGGCUUCUUUGGAAAAACUGGGAAGAAGGCGGUUAAAGCGGUCCUGUGGGUGUCGGCGGAUGGACUCAGAGUUGUAGAUGAGAAAACAAAGGACCUCAUAGUUGAUCAGACAAUAGAGAAGGUUUCUUUCUGCGCACCGGACAGGAACUUUGACCGGGCGUUUUCAUACAUCUGCCGAGACGGCACCACCAGGCGCUGGAUAUGCCACUGCUUCAUGGCUGUGAAGGACACGGGGGAAAGGUUGAGUCACGCCGUGGGCUGUGCGUUCGCUGCGUGCCUGGAGCGAAAGCAGAAGCGAGAGAAGGAGUGUGGAGUCACUGCCACCUUCGAUGCCAGCAGAACCACAUUCACUAGAGAGGGGUCAUUCAGGGUCACUACAGCUACUGAACAAGCAGAAAGAGAGGAAGUUAUGAGACAGAUGCCGGAUGCUAAAGCUGAAACAGAAGUGAAGACAGCAGCACCAGGUGCUGCCCCAGCUACUACUGCUCCCUCUCCUGGCUCACCAGCUUCUCCUACUGCUGAAGUCACUGCCUCUGUGGAGAAGGAAAUGAGCAACCCCCACGCUAUCCCACGGAGGCACGCCCCCAUAGAACAGCUUGCCAGGCAAGGCUCUUUCAGGGGCUUCCCUGCCCUUAGUCAAAAGAUGUCUCCUUUUAAGCGCCAGCUGUCCUUGCGAAUAAAUGAACUGCCUUCAACAGUGCAAAGGAAGACAGAUUUCCCCAUGAAAAACUCAGUCCCAGAGGUGGAAGGGGAAGCAGACAGCAUUAGUGCCCUGUGCUCGCAGAUCACCAGUGCGUUCAGCACGCCAUCGGAGGACCCUUUCUCUUCAGCGCCCAUGACGAAACCUGUGACCGUGGUUGCCCCACAGUCUCCCGCCUUUCAAGUUAAUGGCACUGCCUCAGCCUUCUGUGUGCUUGCUGCUAAACCAUCCCAAGCUGCUGUAGUGUCCACAGCUAUGCCAGUUCGUGAAACCAAUCCCUGGGCUCAUGCUCCUGCUGCUAAUACUGGAGCUGCAGCCGUGGUCUCUGGCACUGAGUGGAACAGCAGCACCCCAGGCACAGCCUCGCCAAGUCUCUUCCAAGGAAACCACAGACGUACUCCGUCGGAGGCAGACCGCUGGUUGGAGGAGGUCUCCAAGACUGUCCGUGCCCAGCAGCAGCCGGCCCCAGCCGCACAGCCGCCACUGCAGCCCCCAGCAGCCGCUCCCCAGGCAGCAGCUGCCUACCCCGUGAGCACCUUCAUUGCGCCUCAGCCUGUGCCGGUUGGCGUGGUACCGCCCAUGCAGCCGCCCUUUAUUCCGGCUCAGCCCUACGCCGUAGCGAAUGGGAUGACGUACGCGGCAGCCCCGAGUGUACCUGUGGUGGGGAUCACGCCUUCACAGAUGGUAGCCAACGUCUUUGGCACAGCGAGCCACGCUCCGGCCGCCCACCCGCACCAGUCCCCCAGCCUCGUCAAACAGCAGACGUUCCCUCAGUACGAGGCUGGCAGCGCCACAGCCAGCCCCUUCUUCAACCCGCCCGCGCAGCACAACGGCUCUGCAGCUUUCAAUGGUGUUGAUGGUGGCAAAUGGGCUGCAGAGGACAAGCACCCCCAGCCUCCUCCUGCAGCUGCUCCACAGGUAGACCCGUUUGAAGCACAGUGGGCAGCACUGGAGAGCAAGGCAAAGCAGCGCACGAAUCCCUCCCCGACCAACCCCUUCUCCAGUGAUUUACAAAAGACAUUUGAGAUUGAACUUUAAGCGGCCCAUAGGUGGGUGGAUAACUUGUACAUUAGGCUAGAGGGAUAAAGGGAGCAGAGGAGACUGUUUCUCAUCCGCUUGCUUUGAUAAUCCCAAAGGUCCCUUCAAAUGAAAAUGGGUUAGAAAGAGGGAGCAAUGAUGGGGAAGGAUAUAAAUGUAUACAGAAUUUCACACGCAGUUCUCAAAAUGAACCCUGGAGCCACUUCGGUCUGCGUUCCCUCUUCACUUGGAAAGCUGGAAGUUACAGCAGAGCCGGGCGCCCGGUCCUGCAGAGCAUCACGUAUCUCAGAAAGGACAGCACAUCUCAUACCGUGAGUCCUGGGUGCUCCCCCUCAGGGAAGCAGGGUUGGGGUGGGGGAAGGAAGGAGGGAGGUUGUCACCUGCUUGGCAGAAGCCAGGUCUGUGGGAAAAGUUGAGCUUCCAUUUUGAGUAACAAAGUGAAUAUUAUAUGUAAAGACUAAAGUAAAGCCAAAAUCUUUAUUUUUAUGCAUUUAGAAUAUUUUAAAUAGUGGAUAUUAAAAGAUGUAUGAGUUGUAAGUAAUCUUGCCAAAGGUUUAAAAAAAAAAAGAAGGGGGGGGUAAAUGUAAGAAAUUGUACAUAAGAUUGAUUUAUCUCCAGUUCUUAUUGUAAGUAACGCCGGGGGGUGGAAAAAGGGGCUCUAGCUUGUUCUUGUACCUGUUCAUUGUAAGUAGCAUAUUGCAACAACAAUCACAACCAGUAAGUCAUUACGUUGUAGUUUUAAAUAAUGAAAAUUAAAGAACAGUAUUGUCAUGGUCUGAAAACCAUGGGGAAAAUUAACUGUUUUUUUAUUGGAAUCAAGCUACAUAUUAUAUAUAUAGUACAUUGGUUUUUUCUUUCAUGUAUUGCUGCAGUUCUCUUGUCUUAAUCUAUCGGUUCUAACACUACUGUGACAGACUCACUGUAACCAUAUCUCACGUCCCGGGGCUGCCAGGAGCCCACGUUCUGUUUGUCCGUCAGUAGAUCUUAGAGGGUUUUUUUUAACUUUUGUUUUUAUUUUUCUGCGGAUUUGUGAACCCUUGUGGUGAGGCUGCAGCUGCUCCAGGUUCUGCCUCUGGUGACUUGUGGAAUCCAUCUCAUUUUAACUUUACUUUUAAACUUUGGCCUUACAAGCAAAUGUAAGUUAUAUAUAUUUGUACUGAUGAUUUAUAAUCUGCUUUAACAGAAAUAAAUGUUGGUGGUAGAAGCACCGUCUGUGACAGCUUUAUUUCUCCUCUCCCCGUUUGAUUUCCAGGCUUUGCCCUUCUGUUUUGUACCCCACAUUAUGUUACCUGGAACUUUAAUACCGAAUGUGCCAAUAUCCAUCUGACCUAUAGCUACGUGAAGCUCUGCAAGGCAGGGUUUGAUGGAAAACAGUGGUUUCUGGGUUUGCAAUGCUGGAUUUUCUAAUGUUGAACAUUUACAAAGAUGAAAACACAAACAUUGCAAACAGGUGAAAGGAAAUACUCACUUGGGUUUUCUUUUCCUUUGCUAUUAAAAGGAGUGAGGGUCCUAAGAGCCGCCUGGGGUGACACCGUAUUUUCACUCCUUUCUGUUCUCGCAGGCAGCCGAUGCCCAUCCUGGCAGCGUGGCUGGUUUUUACUGUGUGCUUAUGUGCAUGAAGUAGUGGUAGACAUAUAUAUUAAAAAAUACUGAGUCAGACUUUGUAACCUGAAAGGAGAGAAACGCUGCCUUGUGCCUUGCAUUGGCCCGAGCAUUUGGGCCUGCCAGCAGUUUCCAUUUCCAGGCAGGUUCUUUCUUACCUUAAGCACACCUGUGUGGAGCACAGCACCAACAGGAAUCCCAGCACACUCUGUGGUGUUGGAGUUGGUAUCUGUGCUUAUUUGCUGGCUUUCUGAAAGUUAAAUACUUCGUCACAUAUGCUUAGAUAUCUAAUGUUUAUAAUACUGUGCUGUACGCGGUUGGGUUUGUGGGUUUUUGUGUCUGUUUUUUCUUCCUUUCUCCCACCAGUUCCUCAGCCUGUCAGAGCAGCACCCAGAGAUCAGAUGGAAAUAAAUAGCGACACCAUUCCUCUACCUGGGACAUAAAGGGGAUAGAGAUGACCUUCCUGUGAUCAUUUGUUUAGAGAAGAAAACCACUAUCUUGAUUCUCAAAUCAAAUAAUACAAGCAUUUGCUCAGGAGGUUACAUGAUACUAUGCAGAAGAAAAUUCUCUGCUUCCAAAUAGGAAAAUACAAACUGCUUUAGGUAACUGUUAGAGCCACGGCGUGUAUUUAAAGCAAAGAACUGCCUUCAGAUCCCAUCCUUAUUGCCAUGGUUACACAUCUGAAAGGAGGUCAGGGAAUAAAUGAGGGGAAAAAAAUAACAAAGUACCUUCAGUGUUAAAGUCCAGUCUGUCUGAACACAGGUGCCCACUACAGCUCUCACCAGGCUGCAGACAGAGCUCCCUGACCGUGCUGUGUCUGAUCAUACGGCCUAAAUGAAAGCUGACUGCACGUACUACUAGAAAACAGGGCCCCUGACACAAAGGAAGGGAUGAUAUCAUAGAAAUGAUGGCUUGUUCUGGGAGAAAGGCAUCUGAAAUGGGCACCAUCCACUUGGAACCACCCCCCUGGGGGGGCUCACAGCCCCUUGCUGCCCUCUGGGCCCACCACAUGGGACUGGAACUUGGUCUCAAAAGGCAGCGAUACCAUAUUGUAAAACAUCCUGUACUAAAAGUGCCAUUCUGCAGAUUUACGCACAAACACAGAAUUUAUCUCAGUGCUUUGGUCAUUAAAUAGUCAAUGAGCGCAACUUCACAAUCCCUCACUGUAACGUUCUGUGUCUUACAGCAGAGGAAGCUUUUCCUAAUUACCAAAUUAAAAGUCUUUUGCUGCAAAAUGAGACUUUCUGUCUUUUCUAACAAGCAGAAUCUA